AGGUGAAACAGCCUCUUAUUCGUUCACUUUGCGGAACAAGAAGGAAGACAGAAAGGCUAAAGUUUUCGCACAAGCAAAUUACUAGAGCUUUGCUCUUGCUGUUGACUGUAGCAGUUAACGAUGGCUUCAGAAUACAGCUGGGUACCUAGCCAACGUGAAUAUGACAUGGAGAAACAAGAGAGACAGUGCAAAUCUGUUCCAACAGAGGAGCACCCAUUAAGGGGGACUGUUGUAACAAAUUUGUCAAGCAAAGGAACAAAGGAGAAAAAGAAAGAGAAGCCAAAAGAACAGGCUGAAAUGUUAGAUCCACUGUCAAUGAUGGCAACACAGACCUUUGAAGGCAUUGAUCCAUUAUCAAUGAUGCUACAAGAACAGACUUUGGAAGAAAAGAAGAAGGAACCUAUCAAGAGUAGGUUUAGUCAAGCAGAAAUUACAGAAACUGAAGAAGAAUAUAUUGAUGAUAGUUUUGAGGCUUGGACAAGCAAGAAAAUAAAUAUUCUGUCAAAAUAUACAACAUCAGAGAGACUUUCAAUAACAACUAGUUUUCUCUCUGGAACCCAAGUAGACAAAGCAAAACAAAUGACGACAACUGCAACAGAUAAAAUGAAGACAAGGUUAGAACAGCUUGAUGAUUUUGAAGAGGGAUCAUUAAAAGAAAUGCUAAACCUCAGCCAGCAGGAUUAUGUCAACAAGAUUGAUGACCUAAAUCAGGAGCUGUUAAAGGCGUGGGGUGCUGAUCAACGAGUGAAAUCACUGAAAAUAUCAAUACAGUGCGCCAAGCUGCUUGGUGAUAUAUCCGUGAUGCCUUUCUAUCCAAGCAAAUUUGUGUUGGUGACAGAUAUUCUCGAUAAUUUUGGAACUUUGGUGUACGAGCGAAUCAAGAGCAAGUCUGUCAUAGUUACUGGUGGUUCGAAUAAACCAGUUCCACUUCCUGAUGACUUUACACCGGAUCAAGUACCCGAGAGUGCCAAGGAAACCUGUAGGAACUGGUUUUACAAAGUGGCGUCAAUCAGAGAAUUGAUACCAAGACUGUACGUGGAAAUGGCAAUCUUGAAGUGUUAUAAUUUUCUAACUAAAGGGGAGUAUUACCGGGCACUGACGCGACUUGUAAGGCAAAUUCGUGGCAUUGGAAACCCGUUGGUUGCUUGUUACGCAAGAGCGUACUUGUGUCGGGUUGGUAUGAACGUUGCUCCGAAAGUGAAAGACCACCAGAAGCCAUGUGUCUUUGAUUUUCUCUUUUCAUACGGACAGAUGACCGAUGUAAGUGUACAGAAUUCUCUGGCAAAGCAAGGAAUUGAGAUGCCAAAGUACCUGCAAUUAUACGCGCCUGCCGUUGAAUGGAUCCUACAGUGCAUAUCUUUCAAAGCAUCAGAGGAGGUACUUGCCGAAAUUUUGGAGAAUUGCAAAUCUUGCCACAGCACGAUGGUUUUGAAUUCAGUCAUGUCGUCAUUUGACCCGGCUUUCAUUUCCAAAAGAGCAAUGGAAAUCAGUGCAUUGAUCAAGGAAUGUGAUGAUUUUGGAUUACCCAAGAGCCAAUUGUACAAAACUUUGGGUAAUUCUGUCACCGUAGCUGACCCUCCUGAGAGUGAUCGGCUUAGUUUACUCAACGAGGUGUGGAAAGUUGUAACAAAAAUCAAAGAUCCAGCAGUUUAUAUUGAAGUUGCAGAUGCUUGGAUUGAAUACCCAAUUAAACAUUUUACGGCUCGUGAAUUGAAUACGCUUCUUGGAGAUAUUAUUAAACAUAUGACACCUGAUAGAGCUUUCGAAGACCAUUAUCCGCAACUUAUCUCGAUUGUCUCCAAAGUCGUCAGCAAUAUGAAAGACUUCAAUGCAUUGUUCCAGAUGGAAAAGUUUUUACCUUUCUUGGACAUGUUUCAAAAGGAGUCGAUGAAAGUCGAUGCUUGCAAAACAAUUAUGGAAGCUUUCAUACGCUUUCAGAAAGAAGAUACUACUGACCCUGUUAUCAUCAAUGCACUGACUCAAAUAUGCAAAACGAUGCAUGAUUCUGUAAACUCUUUAUCACUGGAAGAUAAUCGAAGGUUUAUUGGAAAUUUAAUUUCCCGUUUUGUGCAAACGGUCGAUUACGGAAGAGAUUUUGAGCAGCAAUUGAACUUUUAUGUUUUAGCAAGAGACAGUUUUACUAAUUUAGACAAUGUGCUGACAGUCCUAGUUCAGAGAGUGAACUCCUUGGCGAUGAGAACACGUGAUAUUGUUAAGGGAAAUCAUACAAGAAAAACGGCUGCAUUCGUUCGGGCCUGCAUGGCGUACUGCUUUAUUACCAUCCCUUCGAUGAUCGACAUAUUUCAAAGGCUAAAGCUUUAUCUUCUCUCUGGACAAGUUGCAUUAGCUAAUCAAGCUAUUGGACAAGCUGAUGCGUUUUUGAGGACUGCAGUAAAUCUUAUAGCUGAAGUGCCUGCAACAAUUGAAAUCGACCUGAAGGCUAGGACAUCCGAACCAUACCUUAAAGAGUUCAUAUACAACCUGUUAUCCACUUUGCUUGUUGUUCCGGAUCACCCAGAGCAUGGAACCCUGUACCUUUUUCGAGGACUUCUAAAUGUUGUCCAAGAUUACGCUUGGGAAGAAAGCUCGGAUGCGAGGGCGAGGGUCUAUCUAAACGCUAUUGUAACACUGUCAGCAUCAUGCCAGGAUUCCUAUUUAUAUCAAAUCGACAAAGUCGAUUCCAACGACAAGCUGUAUGGUGCAGACAAGAAGUUUAUAGCGGAGGUGGUAAAAAUAGUGGAUACUUUAUUGAAACAAGUUCUCGAAGACAUUAUAAGUUUUGGUGAAAAGAAUCCAAAAGUACAAGGCCAGCUGUUAAUAGCAUUGAUCAAUAGAAUAAUCAUAAGUGCUGACCUUGAGUCACCUCAAAUGACGAAACUUGCCUUGAAUCUCUGGAAAAAGGCACAAGAUAAUCCUAGAUCUGAUGGCAAGCUUAUGGGGCGAAUUUUACGCCAUGUCAAAGAGGCAAACCAGAAUAAACGGAGCUUCCAAGACCUUGCCAUCGCCAUGACACAGCCAUCCAGAGCCUGAAUUCGUAAAUAAUUUUUGUAAAGUUAAUUAAUCCUUCUAUGAAUAGACUACAGAGUCUACCAUUCGUAUUAUGAUUGAAUAUUAUUUGCAAUUUCUUCCUACGAGAAAGUCAUGUAUGUAUAGACUCGUUUUCGACGAGUGUUUUUGGUUAAUACGAUUAAGUGCCUCAAUACCAGUAGCAAGGACCCCUUAAGUUUUUACAGGCUAGAAAGCUUUCAAUAAUGGCAUUUCCACUGAGAGAAAGAGUAUGUGCCUUUGUGAUUCUGUAUGAUGUAUUGGGAUUUUUUGUUUCUUUUGCAAGAUACUCUUUUUGGGAGAGAGUGCAAUGAAAGAAGACGUCUUCUUUUGAUAUAAUACUCAACUUUUGCUAUACUCAGCGAUCAUGGAUUGAAAAUAGCUUAAAUGAUACGAUAGCUUUUGAUUCAUGGAGCCCACCCACUAGCUCGUAAAUAUCUAUUUCGAUUAAGUAUUGAAAAUUAACUGUAAUUAUGAUGAACGUAACAUUUAUAUGACCUUUUUACGUCGCUACUUAUGUGAAAUUUAAUUUUGAAAUUUCCCUCAAUAUCACUUAAUUUAACCGUCCAAUAUUUGCGACAUUGGCAAAAUUGCUUUUCUGAUCAUUACAGUUUUGAAACUCAAAUUUCUGUGCAACCCAGCCCUUAUACAAAUAGCUUGUGCUAAAAACGUUCUUUGUUAGAGUUCAGUUAUAAUUCAUAAACAAAUUCCUGUGCUUUCGCUACCACUUACAACACGUAAAUAUCAACCCACUGCUAUGCUAUGCAACUAACCCCCGGGGUUGUUCGAAGCGAACAGAAUUACAAACACUCACUGUUGUAGGUUUAAUCACCCUUGCCUUAACGAAACAAGUCAUUAUCAUGUGAGAAAUUUGUUUGACAUCAAUGUAUGACAUGGAUUUUUUUAUUGUAGUCACUCAAGUUUCUUGUUACGCACAUCUAAAAUGUGUCUGGGUAUGUUCAGCUGUAUUUGAAGAGUGAAUUUUUUCAAAGCUGCAUCAAAAAGGCUCAGACAGGUCCUCUUUGCUUAAAUGAAUUGGAAGACUACUAUUCCGU